GAUCAUCAUUAAUUUACUUAAACCCUUUACUAGGAUCAUUAUAAAUGCAACAUGGCAAGAUUUCUGUCGAAGCUAAAGCACGUGAUAAAGAUCAAUGACAUAACCCCAGCACUCCUUGAGAAAUGGGGGCCCGAGGAGUGUGCCACGAGGAGUGUCUUGGCCACAGCCUAUCGUCUGACUCAUUACCUGAACUGGGAUGAUCUCAUAUACGGCCACAUAACCACCAGGAUCCCAGGAAACGAGGACCAUCUCCUUAUUAACCCGUACGGGAUACAUUACACCGAGGUCACAGCGAGUAACCUUAUAAAAAUCAAUUCCGCAGGCGAGCUGGUUGAUCAGGGGUCCGCUAAGUUCCCGUUUCAACCCACAGGAGCUGUCAUUCACUCAGCCAUCCACACAAACAGACCUGAUCUGGGGUGCCUGAUGCACAUUCACUCGGAGCCUGGUAUAGCCGUGUCUGCAGCAGUGGAUAAAAUCGAGCCCAUCAUUCAAGCGAAUGUGGAGUUGGGGGAAAUCAGCUACCAUGACUUUAGAGGAGUGAUAUUUAAUUCGGAGGACAAGGAACCACUAAGCAAGGACUUCCCAGCUCCUUCCAAGACUUUGAUAAUGCGAAACCACGGCCUCCUCACAGGAGGAGAAACUAUCGAGGAGGCGUUCAACAAGAUGCACUUCCUCCACCAAGUGUGCCAGUGUUAUGUUAACUGUGGAUACAUUCACACCCCCAUACCGGCUAGGAAACUCAUCAACCAGCAAAUUCUGGAGAGUUCCGUCUACGGGAAUGAAGAGUGCAGGUACGAUACAGCUCCAGGUGUGCAAGAAUUCGAGGCAUUGGCUCGAUUGCUUGAUUACCAAGGCUUGGAAACUGGGUAUCCGUACAGCGAGGCUUCCAAACAUAUCCUCGAACGAAACAUGAAGUGAGCACAAAAAGUACACAAGAUGAAUACUGAACAGAAACAUUUUAAUGAACAGAUCACAGUUAGAAUGCAUUCGUUUGGUUUAAAAUCUGAAAAUGAAUAAAAACAAUAUUUAAUAAAAAGUGUUCGGAUUCGAUUUGAAGCUUUAAAGGUUUAAGCCUAGAAAAUUUGAUUGUUUAAAACUGAUGACUAAUAGCUGCUCAUAACUUUGUUGCAUGUCUUUACCUUGAUUUAAAUCUUGGUGUUGUUGAUAAUGUAAUUUUUACUGGAAGAAAAUGACAGCGAA